CAUUCCUAUCUCUUUUCACACGGCCGUGUUUACUGAUAAAAAAAUAGAGGCGGUUCUUGGUCUCUGAAAUUAGGGUUUUUGUUCCUUCAGAAAAAAAAUCCUUAUAUUCAUUCAUCAACGAGUUUCUCUUCUUCCUUCGAGUUGAGUUUUGACUUUCUUCUCUGCAUCAUCAAUCAAUGGAUCCAUCAAUGAAGAAAAGAAAAGCUGACGAAAACGGCGCAGUAGCAUCAGAUGGAAUUUCAGCAUCAAAACUAAGCACAGAAGAUACACGCAAAAUCAUUGAACCAUUCACACAAGACCAGCUGCUUGAUAUCCUUCAAGAUGCAGUUAUGAGACACGCCGAUGUUCUCGAUGCCGUUAGGUUAAUAGCUGAUCGCGAUCCAACCCAAAGAAAAUUAUUCAUCCGCGGUCUUGGUUGGGAAACAACAACAGAAGGAUUACGAACCCUGUUCUCAUCUUACGGUGAUCUUGAUGAAGCUGUUGUUAUUCUUGAUAAAGUUACAGGUAAAUCUAAAGGUUAUGGCUUCGUUACAUUCAAACAUAUCGACGGUGCGAUGCUAGCAUUGAAAGAACCUAGUAAGAAAAUUGACGGUCGGAUGACUGUUACACAGUUAGCUGCAUCUGGAACUACUGGACCUACAUCUAAUAUUCAACCAAUUGAUGUUUCGGCGAGGAAAAUAUAUGUGGGUAAUGUACCUUUCGAUAUGCCUUCUGAUAGAUUAUUAGCACAUUUUUCAUCCUAUGGUGAAAUUGAAGAAGGACCAUUAGGUUUUGAUAAACAAACUGGGAAAUCAAGAGGAUUUGCUUUAUUUGUUUAUAAAAGUAGUGAAGCAGCAAGAGCUUCAUUAGUUGAUCCAAUUAAAACAAUUGAUGGACAUCAAUUGGUAUGUAAGUUAGCAAUUGAGGGUAAAAAAGGGAAACCUGGGGCACCUAAUGCUGUAGGAGUUCAAGGGCAAUCUGGUGUACCAGGGGAAGUCCCCGGUGAUGGUUUACAACAGCAGCCUUCAAUGCCAAGUGGGAUGUCUUCAUAUGGAGCUGGAUUUGGUGGUGGACACCAAGUGCCUGGUGGACUUGGUCAUCAUCAUCCUCACCAUCAUAUGGGUGGACAGGGGUUGUCCUCUAUGGGUAAUCAAGUGCCACCAUUAGGUGGUAGUGGAUAUGGUGCUGGACUAGGCGGUGGUUUUGGGAGUGGACCAGUUUCUGGAGGUUAUGGAGGACCGAAUGCAAGUGGAUAUGGUGGAUUGAGUGGUGGUGCUGGGUCCAUGUAUAGGUUACCACCUGGUUCAGUUGGAAUGCCAUCUGGGGGUUAUCCUGAAAGUGGGCAUUAUGGCUUGACAUCUGCAUUCCCGGGUCAGCAUCACCAACCUUCAGCAUCCUCACCAGUGCCUAGGGUGCCACCUCUGUACCAUCCAUAUUACUGAGGUGUAUGACCAGCUAUUUGGGAGCACAUGCUUUUAGUGGUUGUGGUGAAUGCAGACAAUGUAAUCUCUGGUUUUGAUGAAAUGGUUUGCUAUGCUUAAUGACGCCAUUGUUGUGCUUACUCUGCGCUUAAGGAUGUUAUGUGCUUGUAAUGGAUUUAAUGGCUGCAACUUAAUGUUUGCAUUUAGAUAGGUUUUACAGUUUAUUGCUUAAAGUUCUCUUUCUUUGUGAUGGCUCUCUUCAACUUCAACUUAUCUGGGUUAUAACUUUGUUUGAAGUGAGUUUGUUUUAUGCGUAGUAUCUGGUGCCUUAUGUGGAUUGCUUGGUCCCAAUUGUUUAAAUUGGCUUAAUUUGUGCCUUAUUUUUAGUUUUA